CUCCAGCCUGGGAGACAGAGUGAGACCUCAUUUGAAAACAAACAAAAAAAUCACAGAAGCCACUUUGGGUUCACGAGACAAGAAGGUUUGAGAUGUGUGUUUCAAGUUUGAGUGCCAGUCAUAUUAAAAAAAAAAAAAAGUUUUCUUUUUUUUCUUUUCAGAGACAAGGUCUUGCUGUAUUGCCCAGGGCAGAGUGCACUGGCUAGUGAUGGGUGAGAUCCCACUACUGAACUGCAAGGGAGUUUUGACCUGCCCGGUUUCCAACCUGGGCCAGUUCACCUUUCCUUAGGCAACCUGGUGGUGCCCUGUUCCAGGGAGAUCACCAUAUUAAUACUGAACUUAGUGUGGAGAGACUCCAGAUUGGCAUAGUGCCCUACAAUCCAGAGCUCCUGGGCUCAAGCCAGCCUCCUGCCUCAGCCUCCCCAGUAGCUGGGACUACAGGCCACAUGCCACAUCACCAGGCAUCAUUCACUUUUUUUAGGCUUUUCAUCAAAAGGUGUCCAUUCACCCUCUGCUCUCUCCUGCAGUCACAGAGGUCAUUGUCCCCAGUAGAUUGUCACCUGCUUUUACCUGUGCCUGCAUUCUCUCCACCUUGACUGCCUUCUGUGUUCCCAUCUACCUGUUCAUCUCCCACCUGUCCCCCUUGGUUUAUUUAUCCUCCUACCUCAAGAAGCUUUUAUUUCUAUUUUACAUGAAAGUAGAAUGUUGCACUUAAAAGUAAAAUCCUCCAACUGGUGCUGGAGGACUGGUGUCCAGGUUAUUUGAUAUAUAUAUAGAAUGCCCAUUUAGCCUUGCCCUAAUUUUCUGACAAAAUGUAAGAUCAUUACAAAUUCUGGCUUUGUUUGUCUUCCAAUUUCAGCCUAACUUGUUACAAAAUAAUAUUCAAGGAAAAAAGGUGACAUCUCACCAAUAGAUUAGUUUCAAUGAUCUCAAAUGAUGGAUCCUACAGCUUUCGACCCAUUCUGCUGAAAUGGAUUACAAUACUUGUCACCCGGAAAAUGAUGGCAGCUCAAGCGUGAUCUUUGCUAUUCACUCUUUGAAAACUCUUGAGGAUCAAGAGCUCCAACAAGCUUCUUAGAAGGGGUAGUAUUGUUCUAAGCUUAAGGAGCUUCCACCUUUCAGAAGUCCUGCCUGUGUUUUGCGUGGGGGACCAGCUUCAUUGCCCUCGAGCCCGGGCGGCACUCCCCAACCUGGGACAGAAGUCGCAGGGCUAAGCGUUACAGGCCACUGAUUGGCUUGCUCUUGAUCUGCUGGCAGGAACCUCUGCACACGUGAGAGCGCCCCUGCCGCCCCUGAGGACACCUUGCGCCAGUCUCUAAGGCUGUGAUACCGGGCGUGACCAGAGGGCGGCGGCAGCUCACAAUGAUGUGAUCAAUUGAACGUGAAGAGGGACACCUGCGAACCCAGGUGCCACGGCAGGUGCUGCCCAUAGGCGGGUCAGGAGGGCAUAAAGGACGCGGUUCCCGCUUUCCCCGCAGAGUUUUCGCAGCCUGCAGGAGGGAAGGAUGUGCGAGGCGGAUGCGUGAGGAUAUGGGGGUGCUGGCCAGUGCUGGUUUGUUGCUAUUGCUAGUCAUGGGCCUUCCCAGAAGCCUAGGACUGAAGUGUGGAAUUCGCGUGGUCAACAUGAAAAGUAAGGAACCUGUUGUGGGAUCUGGGUUCUUCUCUAGAAUUAGUAGUUGGAGAAAUUCAACAGUGGCUGGACAUCCUUGGCAGGUCUCCCUAAAAUUAAAUGAGCACCACUUCUGUGGAGGAAGCUUGAUUCAAGAAGAUCGAGUUGUUACAGCAGCACACUGCCUGGACAGCCUCAGUGAGAAGCAACUGAAGAAUAUAACUGUGACAUCUGGGGAGUACAGCCUCUUUCAGAAGGAUAAGCAAGAACAGAAUAUUCCUGUCUCAAAAAUUAUUAUCCAUCCUGAAUACAACUGCCAUGAAUAUAUGAGUCCUGAUAUUGCACUGCUGUAUCUAAAACACAAAGUCAAGUUUGGAACUGCUGUUCAGCCAAUCUGUCUUCCCCACAGUGAUGAUAAAGUUGAACCAGGGAUUCUUUGCUUGACCAGUGGAUGGAGCAAGAUUUCCAAGACAUCAGAAUAUUCAAAUGUCCUACAAGAAAUGGAACUUCCCAUCAUGGAUGACAAAAUGUGUAAUACUGUGCUCAAGAGCAUGAAUCUCCCUCCCCUGGGAAGGACCAUGCUGUGUGCCAGGUUCCCUGGUGGGGGAGUGGAUGCCUGCCAGGGGGACUCUGGAGGACCACUGGUUUGUAGAAGGCGUGGUGGAAUCUGGAUUCUUGCUGGGAUAACUUCCUGGAUAGCUGGUUCUGCUGGAGGUUCAGCUCCUCUAAGAAACAGCUAUAUGAAGGCAUCACUUGGCAUUUUCUCCAAAGUGUCUGAAUUGAUGGAUUUUAUCACUCAGGACCUGCUCACAAGUUUGAAUCGGGGCCAACCCCACUCAAAAGUGAGCCUAAGAUACAUAACAAAGGCCCUGAGUUCUGUUCAAGAAGUGAACAGAAGCCGGAGAGGAGAGGAUUGUAAACCUCAAGGGACAGUGUUAUUUGGAGAAAGUAGGAAGAUUUGUUACCCCCAUUCCAAAGGAGACAACUAUUCUCAUAAUUGGUAUGUAUCCCACAUAGGAAUGAUUCCUGGGGCUUUUCUUCCCACAAAAUGGGGCAGUUUAAAAGACACUACUGUAGCAUUUUUUUUUCGUAAGGGCGACUUCCCGUGGCUCCAAUCGCCAGCCAAAAGGGCCCCUGGACCAGUGUAUUUUGUACGGAGAGCCGUGGCUCCGGGGCGCCGACAAAGCAGCCACACGGGGCAAAGCAGCGGCGCCGGCAGAGCCGCGCUGUCCGAAACAGCCGCGCUGGCGACCCUGUUCCUAAACGGCCAUCUUGGAUCAUCCCUGGUGACACAUUUUAAAAGUGAUAGUAUAAAUCAUUUCCAAGGCUUUAAGGCUAGAUUCACCUUUUUGCCCUCAGAGUCUUCAAACAAAACUGAACGAAUGCCACCUCCCCAAACCAAUCCUAUAUCGACUGCAAAAGCUAUUCUGCAUGAUGUCUGUGGCAUCCCUCCAUUUAGUUCCCAGUGGCUUUCCAGAAGAAUAGCAGGAGGGGAAGAAGCCUGCCCCCACUGUUGGCCAUGGCAUGUGGGUCUGAGGUUUCUAGGUGAUUACCAAUGUGGAGGUGCCAUCAUCAACCCAGUGUGGAUUCUGACUGCAGCCCACUGUGUGCAAUCGAAGAAUAAUCCAUUCUCCUGGACUAUUAUUGCUGGGGACCAUGACAGAACCCUGAAGGAAUCAACUGAGCAGGUGAGAAGAGCCAAACACAUAAUAGUGCAUGAAGACUUCAACAUACUAAGUUAUGACUCUGACAUUGCCCUAGUACAGCUAAGCUCUCCUCUAGAGUACAACUCGGCAGUGAGGCCAAUAUGUCUCCCAGACAGCACAGAGCCUCCGUUUUCCUCCAAGAUCUGUGCUGUCACCGGUUGGGGAAGCAUCAGCAGAGAUGGUGGCCUAGCAAGUCGCCUACAGCAGAUUCGAGUGCAUGUGUUAGAAAGCAAGGUCUGUGAAUACACUUACUAUUCUGCGCAUCCAGGAGGGAUCACAGAGAAGAUGAUCUGUGCUGGCUUUGCCACAUCUGGAGAGAAAGAUUUCUGUCAGGGAGACUCUGGUGGACCACUAGUAUGUAGACAUGAAAAUGGUCCCUUUGUCCUCUAUGGCAUUGUCAGCUGGGGAGCUGGCUGUGUCCAGCCAUGGAAGCCGGGUAUAUUUGCCAGGGUGAUGGUCUUCUUGGACUGGAUCCAAUCCAAAAUCAAUGGUCCUGCUUCACUUCAGACAAAUAAGUGCAAAACCUUAAAACAACAAUUGCCACUGCCCACACCUUCGCCAGACAGUGCAUCUUGGCCAGGUUGUUGCUCUGAAGCAGAGCUAGAAAAGCUCAGAGGAUUUUUUCCCAUUCCACAAUAUCCACUGAAUUACAGCGGAAGACUGGAACGUUCUUGGGUGCUCCGAGUUUCACCAAGCAAUAUAGCGAAAUUUACCAUUGAGUAUCUGUCACUCCUGGGGUCUCCUGUGUGUCGAAACUCAGUUCUAAUUAUUUCUGAAGACCAACCCAGGAAGAGAAAGAUGGCAGGUGGAUUAUGUGGGAGACGACUUUACCCAAUGACUUUCACGAGUCCUGGACCGCUGGUGAGGGUGACAUUCCAUUCCCUUGCACAAGGUGCAUUUGGCUUAAGCUGUAUUGUCUUCAAAGUCCUAGGUCCAAAAGACAGUAAAAUAACCAGACUUCCCCAAAGUUCAAACAGAGAGCAUUUGGUCCCUUGUGAGAAUGUUCUUCUGACUAAGCCAGCAGGGAUCAUGCAGAUCCUAAGAAAUUCUCACAGAACUACUAUGAGUUGCCAAUGGAGGUUAGUAGCACCUUUAAAUCACGUUAUUCAGCUUAAUAUUAUCAACUGCCCAAUGAAGCUAACAUCUUUGGUCUGUCAAGGAUAUCUGCAUGUUUACAAAGGAUUUGGACCAGGAAAAAAUUACUAGGUAACUAAUUUCCCAUGAAGCACUAUGCUACUGAUUUUUUCUUUCAUAAAACUUGUUUAGAUUGUUUUAUAUUCACUAUAUGGCUCACAUGUGACAUACACUAGAGUCUUAUCUGAUGUUGAAAUAGACUUACUGUUAAACUUUUGUCAGAUUUAAAAUUAAGAUAUAAAAUCCUCUCAGUGGUUUAGUUAAAAACAAAAUGCAACAACGUUUCUUACAUGGAUCACACCUAGAUAAAAUUUGCUCAGAAAUACUAAAAAUAAAGAAUGAGUGAAGCAGUUUUAGACAAAAAAAGAGGAAAAUUAAUACUAUAUGUUAAUAAGUCAAAAUAAUCACAGCAAAAGACAUUACAUGAGCUUAUCAAUUGGUGGUAGUUAGAAACCUGGUUACUGUGACUUAAACUCAUAACUUUCAAAGAGAAACCCAGAGUAAUGCAGAUGCACUGCUAGUUCAACAAUUGAACUCCACCAGCACUAAAGGUACUUUGAUUAUUUUGGCUUUUCCUAAUGGUUGCAUAAUGGUUAUUUCAUCUCUCAUCAUCACAUUGAAGGAAGAAGGGGAAGGGAGGGUUAUCCCUAUUAGAAAAACAAACAUGUUUCCAGGAAUUCUGUAGCCUACUUAAAUCUCUGGCCAGAAUCGUCACAUGGCCAUGCCUGACCGGAGGGUGACUAGAGAGAAGAGAAAUGGAAGAGGAUUUGGGGUGGUCAACCAACAUUUCUGGACACCAUGGGAUAUAGAAGUCCACAGCUCUAGAAUCUGAUGGUCCUUCAUCCAUAUCUCAGUUCUACCAUAUACUAGUUCAGUGAUUUUGGGAAUUAUCUCAAAUCUUUCUAAGACUCAAUUUCUUCAUUUGUGAGAUGAGACACCCCACCACCAUGCACACUAUGGUCUAUGAAUUCCCAGUUUACUUAAUCAAGGAUACAUAUAUGUGAUGAAGUAAAAGCCCAGAGAAGGAGGAUGUAUGGCAUUUUGCUGGCCUUUGCCUUCCUAAGGAGGACCCAGAUACCAGUGUCGUCUCUAUGCAGGUAGGAUCCUUUCAGGGUGAGCAAAAAAAGCCAACUGCUAAACCGCUGUCUUUUUUAUUCUUCAGAUUUACAAUACCAUCCUAGAAGUAGGCGCACUAAGAAUCUUUAUGUUUCUAUCUAGGAGAAUGUUGAUGAGCACUGAGCUUUCUUGGUUCCUAAGCCAAUUUAGCACCAAGAAGACCACAGAUUCUUGUGGGGAGACUGCAGUAUCUAUGAAAAUAAUGUAUACUUCUACCGUUCUUGCCAUACAGAACUGAUACCAUGCACUGCCUCAUGAGGUUGUUUUGAGAAUUAAAUAAGAGAAGACAUGUUAAUCUCUAAGAAAUCAAGCUUGUGUUAUAUUUGGAUUAUAAAUAUUUAUUCUGAUUCCUGUUCUUAAAAUUGUGCUGCUUGGAGGAAAAGUUUAGACUGUUUUCCUAUUGCCUCUUCUGUGGUGUCAGGGCACACAAAGAUUGGAAAAACAAAGAAAUGAAGAAGAUGGCAGGGAAGGAAGAGAACAUUAGCAAUGUCAGUUAUUACUUAUAAUGUUAAUUUCAUGACUAUUUCAAUUUCUCUAAAUAAGGUUUAUAAGCUCUGGGGUAGAAGGAAGAAAAAAGUAUCUCUCUUCUACCCAUCUAUCCAGAAGAACAAAUCCUGUGAUCAGAAGUUGAGAACUUAGUCCAACCUCUCGGUAGAGGAGAGGGACUGGAAAUUGACUUAAUUGCCAAUUGCCAAUGCUGUGAUUGAUCAUGUCUAUGUAAUGAAACCCCCAUAAAACCCCAAAAGGAGAGCAUUCAGAGAGUUGAGUUUGUGAACACAGAGUGCUGGGAGGGUGGUGUACCCAGAAGGAACAUUGAAGCUCUGUGCCCAGCCUCCAUAUCUUGCCCUAUAUGUCUUUUGUUUGACUGUUCCUGAAUUAUAUCCUUUGUAAUAAAUUGGUGAACACAA